GUGCUUGAGUGAGUGAGGUCACUGGACGGUAAAUGAUGUGUGCCAUCGCCAUCAAGGCGUCUCUGUCGUUCGUCCAUUUGUGCCCACGGACGACUCGUGCGAAUGCACCCUCAUUCAUCCACUUAUCCGUACGUGUGCGCAGGUAGACACACGACAGAGGCGUGGGAGCUCGAGGACGCAAUAACACAUGUCCUCAUCGUCGCCGUAUCAUGACACACUUACACAACCCAUCAACAGCAAGAGCACACAGACACAUCGUUUGCUAAACGUGUUCAAUGGGAUCGCCCGUGGCGCGAGCAGAUCGUUCAACGGGCGGUCCGGUUGACCACGUGCAAAAAACGAUGGUGCUGAGACACGCUCGUGUGGCACUCCACGACAGCAGCCCAUCCAUCCAUCCAUCCAUCCAUCAGUCUCUCCUUGCCUUCUUGAGCACCGGCUCCCCCUCCCCCUCCACACCUGGCCCUGCCUCUGUCUGCCCCUCCCCUCCGUCCCCCUUCCCCUCCCCGUCUGUGCGGCUUUCCGCUGGAUGCUCUGCCCAUGCCACCUCGGGCGGCACGUCAAACUCCACGCAAUACAUCCGCUUCCGAGGCGCCACGUCCCGAACCUAUGAUCAAUGACACAUACGCACGCACACGUGAUGGUGAGGCACGUGCAUCAUGUGUGCGUCGUCUCCUGCUCCCUGACCUCGGUCAAGCGUGUUUCUGGCGGCACCAUCCCAAGAGCAGCCUCGACACGCGGCUACAGGCAGAAAGGCAGAUAGACACAGAGUACAGACACGACGGCGUUGGCCCAUUUGCUGGCUACGUACGUGUAUUUCGUCCUCUGGUGGGUCUGUCUUGGCGAAGCAGUAGCAGUGGACAGAGAGGCGGGGGAGGCCCGCAGAGGGGCUACCGGGGUCAGAGGGGGCGUCACGUCCCGUGGCUACCCUGUAGAUGCCACGAAACACGUCUGCAUAGACACCACACACCACACAAACACAGCCCUCCACCCACGUGUGGUGUAUGUGUGUGUGAGUGUACCGAGGAAGUCGAUGGCGAGCUCGGGCAAGUUCAUGACGAAAUGCAGCCGCAGUGGCCGGCUGCUGGCGUCAAACAGACCAAGGCCCUCCUCUCGCGCACAGUGCCGGACGAAGGCGCGUGCAUCCAUGUUGAAGCUCGUCACAUUUGCAGACACCUGCAGACGUCAGGACACACCGACGGACGCGACGGUUCAGGCAUCGAGCAUGUGGCCCGUGAGCGUGUCCGACCCACUCUGUUGCGUUGUGCGUUUGUGGUGAUGAGUUUUGCGCCGACAGGGUUAAGGUCGUUGGCAAGGACACGGCAGCCCUUCCGACCGAGGUACAUGGCGAAGGCACCCACCCCGGCAAACAUGUCACCUGGCCGACACCAGCUGUCGAGACGGUGUGGUGGUGCAUCUGGUCUGCUGCUCGCUUACAUACGGUGUCUUCUCUCGGUAUCAGGUCUGCCAGGCGGCUCCUCUCAUUCGAUAACCUGACACAGCACAGCCGCCCCCCGUCCGCCACGUGUUAAUAUACUCGGUGCACUCACUCUUUGUGCUCGUCUCUCCGCUGGCCCUCGCUCACCGAGAGUUCCAAUAGACAUUCGCGUAGUCCACCUCAAAGGCGAGACCACUCUCCCGCUAUACACGCAAUGCAAUGCAUCCAUACCACAGCCAACGGAUGGAUGAAUGGCCUCAAUCAUCAUCAGCUGUGGUCGUGUCGUGCAGCGAGCUCACUCACCACAGUUGCGACGAAGUCCUCCUGGCCAGCGAGCAGCUCCAGCUCGGGUGUGCGGAAGGUGUUGGCGAGAGUGCACACCUUGUUGCACACCGUACGCAACCCUGGAUUCUUCUGAUCGACCACACACAGACACGAAUGGAGCAAGCAGGUGGGGUUCGCAAGAGCGACGCGGCAAUGUCACGUACAUCGAGAAUGACUUGUCCGAUGAUGUGUUUGUACGGCAGCCACUGCUCCCGCAGGUUGAGGUGCGCUAUGUGCCCUAUCGUCUCGAACGCGGUGGGCGGGUCUUCACCACACGCAGGCAACACGCGACGAAAAACCUCUUCUGCACGACCACAGACCCACACACACAUGGACAAAUGCGGUCGGAGGGCCUCCUUUCCCACCUGUUGAGAGGUCCGCAUAGGUGAGUUUGAGGCCAUAUUCUACCGCAAUCUGCCGCAGCUCCGCCCUCUUGUCAUCCACCUCGCCGCUCGCGGCCUGCGGGCACACCUGGCUGGCCAGGAAGCUGACGGCGUUGUCGGGAAGUUCUGAGAGGUCACUAGUGACGUUCUCGGCCAGCAGCACCAGCCGCUUGGUCAUGUCCUGGGCAUCCUCCACCACUGACCGGAGCUUCGGGCGCCGAAGAAGAACGCUGACAGACCGACCGGCACAUACAGUAGAGCCCAUUGUGUUUGUCACGGCAAGAGUGAUUGAUUACUUUUUCAUUGUCGGGUUUUUCAUGAUGGCGUUGCAGCACUGUGCUGGCACUCGCAGGGCAGUCAGAGGGAGCGUUGAAUCAAACCUGACACACACACCCAACGCCGCAUACACCACAAGCGCGAUGCACAUCCAUGCUGCGUGACGUCCCUCACAUGGUUCUGUCCAGCCUGGCGGGCUUCUCUACGUCACCAUCUGUCGCCAUCGUCGUCCUGCGAUGGAUCAGUCGAUGAACACCGCGUGAAGGAUCUCUCCGACGGGCUCGCUUGGCGAAUCGAAGAAGAUGCGUGAAGGCGAUGGCGUGUGCUGCAGCAGAGGACACAACAAGCACGAAGGCAGCAACGAUGAGCA